UAAAACGAAGUGUAGACGACGGUGUAUCGUUUUGAAAGAGUAGGUUACUUUUUGUUUUAGUUGUAAACUUUUCUCAUUUUCACGAGAAGUGAAAAUGGCAGAUUUAGAUAAUGUGGAUAUAUUGGAAGGUUCAGCACCUACAACGGGUGGCAUUGUAGUUCGUAAGAAAAAAGGUAGCGCGCAAAUUGAAGAAGGCCCCAAAGAAUCUUUGCUGGGACUGGACAAGCUUGCUGAACAGAAGCGAAGACUAAAAGAAGCCUUACUACAAGAUCUCAAAGAGGAGGCUGAACAAAAAAAACUUGAUGAAGGAUUCCAGAAACCUCAUCUCAAGGUUGACAAAAAGAUUCUACGGGCAUCAUAUGAAACACCAACUUAUACUGGAGGUGUUUCUGAUGAAGCUAGAAACAGAUUACAGCACAGGCAGGAUCGUGAUAAACAACGCAAGUUCCAGACUACCUCAAAAGCAAAAAAUGAGAAACAUAGGGAUGAAAGUCCAAAAUUUAAGCGUCCUGGCGAAAGAAGAGACGAUCGUAGCAUUAGAGAAGAUAGCAAACGAUCCAGACGUUCAGAUAAUGGAUGGGAGACGCCUAAAUUCCGGGACGAACCUUCGACACCGAAGAUCCAUGUAAAAGACACGCCAUCACGAUCCAGCUGGGACGAUGACGAUCUUGCUGCCUCUAAAGGCUGGGAAAAGGAUCAAGCUGAACGACGAGAACGUAGAAGCCAAGCCAGUGGUGGCUCAUCAGAGCGUCGUGAGAGAAGAGGAGACUGGUCCGAAAGAGGGGAUCGACGUACUUCAGAUAGGUCUGAAAGAGGAGAUCGACGUGAUUCAGAUUGGUCUGAACGAGGAAAUCGCAGAAGCAAUGACAGAUCUGAACGUCGAGGAUCAAACUUCUCCGAACGCAGUGAACGUAUUGCAUAUUCCCAUUACAAGAGUGCUCGGAGUCAGCGUUACAACACACCUAGAGACUCUGGUAUAGGAAGUUCAGUUGCUACAUCUGACCGUCCCGCCACACCUGAAGUGGAAAUAGAUGCAGAAGAAUGGGAGGCAGAGCAAAAACGCCUUGAUCGUGAAUGGUACGGUCUCGAUGAUGGUUACGACGCUGAUUCCAGUCAACCCUUUGGUGGAGUCAGCGAAGAAUAUGCCCAACGCAAAGAAGAACAACUCGAACAAAAGAAACACAAGCGUGUGUCUGCCAAGCAGAAGCAGAUUCAAAAAGAUAACGAGCUGUGGGAACGCAAUCGAAUGUUAACCAGUGGUGUCGUCACCACCAUUGAUGUCGACGAGGACUACGAAGAAGAAGCUGAAGCUCGCGUUCAUCUUCUUGUCCACAAUAUUGUUCCGCCUUUUCUUGACGGACGCUACGUUUUUACGAAACAACCAGAAGCGGUCGUGCCCGUCAGAGAUCCGACGUCUGAUUUGGCCAUGGCAGCUCGUAAAGGUUCAGCUUUGGUGCGUGUUUAUCGCGAGCAAAAGGAGCGAAAGAAAGCGCAAAAGAAACACUGGGAGUUGGCCGGUACCAAGAUAGGUAACAUCAUGGGUGUAGAAGCUCGUCCCGAAGAGGAUGCCGGUGCAGUUGAUGAAACAACGGGAGAAACGGAUUAUAAAACGAGCCAGCGAUUUGCUGAACAUAUGAAAAGCACUGACAAUGCAUCCAGUGAUUUCGCAAAGAAGAAAACACUUCAACAGCAACGUCAGUAUCUUCCCAGCUUUGCUGUUCGCCAACAGUUGUUGACGAUCAUUCGCGAGAAUCCAGUGGUCAUCAUCGUCGGUGAAACAGGUAGCGGUAAAACAACCCAGUUGACACAGUAUCUCCAUGAAGCUGGUUACAGCAAGUACGGAAUGAUUGGUUGUACGCAACCUAGACGUGUUGCAGCUAUGAGUGUGGCUAAGCGUGUCUCGGAGGAAAUGGGAUGCAAUUUAGGCGAUGAAGUUGGUUAUUCAAUCCGUUUUGAAGAUUGUACGAGUGAAAAAACUAUCAUCAAGUACAUGACAGACGGUAUUCUACUUCGUGAAUCUCUUCGUGAACCUGACCUGGACAAUUAUAGUGUUGUGAUCAUGGACGAGGCCCACGAGCGUUCUCUCAACACGGACGUACUCUUUGGUCUUUUAAGAGAUGUUGUUAGUCGUCGACAAGAUUUAAAACUGAUCGUUACAUCGGCCACGAUGGACUCGACAAAGUUUGCAGAUUUUUUCGGCAACGUACCCGUCUUCAUCAUUCCCGGUCGAACAUUCCCGGUAGACCUCAUGUUCAGCAAAAAUCCGUGCGAGGACUAUGUGGAUUCUGCCGUCAAACAGGCCAUUCAAGUCCAUCUUCAACCCACGCAAGGAGAUAUCUUGAUCUUUAUGCCCGGCCAGGAAGACAUUGAAGUGACAUGCGAGGUAAUACAGGAAAGGUUAGAACAGGUUGACAAUGCACCUCCGCUAUUGGUAUUGCCAAUCUAUUCUCAACUUCCGUCCGAGCUGCAAGCCAAAAUUUUUCAAAAAUCUACCGAUGGAGUAAGGAAAUGCGUCGUAGCCACAAAUAUUGCCGAGACUUCACUUACAGUGGAUGGCAUUAUGUUUGUCAUCGAUGCCGGAUUCUGCAAACUUAAAGUUUACAACCCACGUAUCGGUAUGGACGCCCUUCAGAUCUAUCCCAUCAGCCAAGCCAACGCCAAUCAGCGUGCCGGCCGAGCCGGGCGUACAGGCCCGGGCCAGUGUUUUCGGCUCUACACGGAACGUCAGUACAAAGACGAGAUGUUGAUCACAACGUUACCUGAAAUCCAACGGACGAAUUUGGCCAAUGUGGUACUCCUACUGAAAUCUCUCAGCGUUCAGGAUCUGCUACAGUUUCAUUUCAUGGAUCCCCCUCCACAGGAAAACAUGUUGAACUCGAUGUUUCAGCUGUGGACUUUGGGAGCGCUGGAGAACACAGGAGCAUUAACACCACUCGGUCGGCAAAUGGUCGAGUUCCCAUUGGAUCCGGCUCUUUCGAAAAUGUUGAUCGCUUCGGUUGACAUGAAGUGCAGCGCCGAUUGUCUCGUCAUCGUAUCGAUGCUUUCUGUGCCGGCCAUUUUCUUUCGACCGAAAGGCCGUGAGGAAGAUUCUGACGCCGCCCGUGAAAAGUUUCAAGUACCGGAAUCGGAUCAUUUAACACUUUUGCACGUCUACAACCAAUGGAAAAUUAGCAAUUAUUCGUCGACUUGGUGCCAAAAGCAUUUCAUUCACCACAAAGCCAUGCGUAAAGUUCGCGAAGUACGACAGCAGUUGAAAGACAUUAUGGACCAACUCAAGUUGCCCAUCAUUUCGUCAGGUCAAGACUGGGAUGUGAUUCGCAAAUGCAUCUGUUCUGCUUAUUUCCACCAGGCAGCACGAUUAAAAGGUAUCGGCGAGUACGUGCAUUGUCGAACGGGUAUGCCCUGUCAUUUGCAUCCCACUUCAGCUCUUUUUGGCAUGGGCUACACACCAGAUUACGUCGUCUACCAUGAACUUAUUAUGACUUCCAAGGAAUACAUGCAGUGCGUUACAGCGGUAGAAGCCACUUGGUUGGCUGAGAUGGGUCCCAUGUUCUACUCUGUAAAACAAGCUGGUGCAGGAAGGAGUCAGAAGCGACGACAAGCACAAGAGACCAUGUCUACUAUGGAGGAGGAGAUGAAAUUGGCUCAGGAACAGAUGGUUGCUGAGAAAGAAGAACGACUGAAAAAAGAGGAAUCUGUCCGCAAAAAAUCGUCGAUUGUUACACCUGGACGGGCACCGGAAGGGACACCACGUCGGACACCCGCUCGAUUCGGAUUAUAGGCAUUCUUUUCCGUUUCUUUAUUCCUCUCUUUUUAAAAACAACGUUUUCUUAAUUUGUCUACUUGAUGCCUAAUUGUGAAAUUACAAGCAACAGUGUUAUUUUUAUGAA